CUCGUCCCUCGUCUCCACCACCACCACCGACACCUCGCUCCCGCUCCCAACCGUCCGGCAGGCAGCUCGCGUCUCCUCCCCCUCCGCGUGGCGGGGCGACGGCGAGGAUGGCCAUCCCCGUCGAGGAGGCCGUCGCCGCCCUCUCCACUUUCUCCCUUGAGGAUGAGCAACCAGAUGUGAAGGGCUUGGCUGUGCUAUUAUCAAGUGAUAGAUACGCAACUAAUAGUCCUAUCGAAUACAGUGAUGUUGCUGCUUAUCACCUGUCUCUAGGAGAAGACACGAAAGGGAUCAACCAGCUGAACACUCUGAUUCAAGAGGGAAAAGAAAUGGCUUCUUUGCUGUACACAUACCGUAGCUGUGUUAAAGCACUACCUCAGGUGACUGGCGGCAUGCGAAGGAGCUCAUCAGAUAGAUCGUGCGGUAAUGGUACGCCCAUGAAAGUGCUGAUAGCGCAGGAAAUGGCGAAGGAGGGGGACACAAAUCAGAAGACUACUAGUGUUGUAGCGAAGUUGAUGGGUCUUGAUGAUGAUGCAGCCUUUCCUAAGUCUGUUCAACCUUCCAACAGGAGGAGAUUUCCAGAUGGCCAUUUGUCUGCCAUGUUGGCAAGGGUUAACAACCAAAUGUCAUUUGACAAGCACACAGGCUUAGUUGAAAAUAUGGAGUAUAAGGAUGUCUAUGAAGUUGGAUACCAACCACCAAGAAGUGAACAUCUGAGCAAUGAAUUCCCACAAAGAAGAAGAGCACAUGAAGAUCAUGACAAGAAAAGAAUGGAUCUUGUCUGCCAGAAGUUCGUUGAAGCAAAGCAUCUAGCAUCACAUGAGAAUCUUCUCCAAUCAAAGGAAUUCCAUGAAUCUCUCGAGGUUCUGAAUUCAAAUAAAAACUUGUUUCUCAAAUUUCUCGAGAAACCUAACUCGCUCUUUGCGAAACAAUCUAGUGAAUUUCAUUCUGCGCCAACAUCACCCCAGAGGAAGCGCAUCACUGUGUUGAAGCCCACCAAAUCAGUGGAGAUGAAAGGUGAAAAGCAAAUCAAAAACCAGCAAGAGCAGACAGUCAAUGGAAGUAGAAUAGAGAGAACCAAUAUUCAUAGGAGGUCUAAUUCUGUUGGUGGUCAUGUCAAAGCAGAAAGGCCUCCACAGCACACGCGAAUAGUGCUUUUAAAACCUAGCUCUGUCAUAACUUCAGUGGAGCAUUUUCAGAAAAAUGGGCACGACAACCUGGAUGAUUCUGGAGCUCCUGUUAUAUCAAGGCAUUUGAGUGAUGAGAUAAAUUGGUCAGCACAGGUCAUGUGCCAUCAACAUGAUGAAUCUUUUCAGGAUUGCAUGCACUCAAAUAUGUUCAUAAGAGAUAGAGCAUACUACGGAUAUGAUGAAGAGGGUAGUAGCUUUAGUGACUCAGAAAUUGGAAGUGCAACAUCACGCCAUUCUUGGGAGUACAUCUACCGGUUUAGCAACCCUUACUUGGCUUCUUCUUUAAGCCAAGCUUCUUGUUCUCCUGAAUCACUUGUAACUAGGGAGGCUAAGAAACAUACCUCUGAUAGGUGGCCAAUUGUAUCUUCUAAUGAGAUCAGCCAAGAAAAAGUGCUAGUGCAAAGGAGCUUGAGCACACUCGGUGAAAUGCUUGCCAUGUCAGAUAUGAAGAAAAAAGGGGCCACUGAACAAGCGGUCACUAAUACCAGCGAUCAGUUGUGCACCAAUGAACCAAGACUUGCAGUACCAUCUAAAUGUUCUGUUGAUGGAGACGGAGAAAGUACCCUCAAGAAAAUGUCAAGGUCAAAAUCUGUUCCAGUCUCAUCAGCAGCCUUUGACAGUCUGCGGUUAGAUGGUGGAUGCUCAAAUCCUGAACAUGAGGAGCCCACGUCAUCAAAGGAGGAGGUCAAACCUAAGAAUGGCAAGUCAUCUCUCAAGGGAAAGAUUUCAAGCUUCUUCCUAAAACACAAGAAAUCUGGAAACGAUAAGCUUUCCCCAUCCUCUUUGGGGGCCUUGGGUAGCAGAGUUCCAUUGGCCGGUAAUGAGUCAACAGUUAACUCUGAUGUAUCGCAGACUGAAUGGAAUAGCUUACAAGAGGAUGUUGCUUCAGAAAAUUUAGAGAAGUCCAAUAUUACACACGCAGUAGCUCCGGUCAAUGAACCAGAAGUAACUUCUUCUUCAUCUAAGUCUCCAGUAAUUACUCUUGAGAAAGCACUCUCAUUUGAGAUCCGAAACUCCCACUUUGAUCAACCUAGUCCUACAUCAGUACUCGAUGCAUCAUUUGAGGAUGCUAGUGAGAAGUCACCCAAUUCAUCCGAAAAUGCAAUUACCGCUAAACAAGAACCUCUUUCGAGAUCUCUUCCUAUUGGAUCAAUUGCGCGGGCUUUAUCAUGGGAUGAUUCUUCACAGGAGGCUACGUUAUGUUCAACGAAAGGAGAUAGUCAUGAGCAAGAUCAAUAUGAGUUCAUUGAAAAGAUUAUAUCUUCAGCUGGCUUUGGCAAUGAAAAGAUUAGCAACAUUUUCGUACGGUGGCAUUCACAUGAUUUCCCUCUGGGCGCUACCGUGCUUGACCAGUUCUUGGAACAUAAGGUGGAAGAUGCUAAGUGCAGGGAAAGGCGGUCAAACCAGAGGCUCCUCAUCGACUCCGUCAAUGCUGCCUUACUAGACAUCGGCCAAAGCAAGCUUUGGGGCGCUUACCCUUGCACUGACCGACACGUUAACAAUGCACAGAGAGUUGCCACAGGCGACAUGCUAGUUGCAGAUGAGGUAUGGAGGUUAGUGAAAGGUUGGCUCUCCGACGACGGCGGCGAUAAAUAUAUGGUCAAUGUUGUGGACAAUGCGGGCCUAGUGGCUGAUUGGGUUGUCAGCAAGGAGAUUCAAGGCAGGUCAUGGCCCGAAGCACUGCGGUUGGAGGUGGAUGAAAUCAGCAAGGAGAUAUGUGGGGAGGUCCUGGACGAGUUGGUUGGGGAGGCAUUUUCAGAACUAGCUGGGUGCCGUUGAAGCUGCAUUUUAUUUUCCCUGCCUGUGGUGUCCACCUAUUGCUUUUAUUUCCAAUCUGGUGGAGACCAAGGCUCAUGUGCACUCCCUUGAGGCUCUUACUCUUGUGUAUAUUGCCCUCAUUACUUCUCUUUAUGCUCGAGAUGUUCCCCACUCUGUUAAAUGUCACUGCCAUUGAUACAUUCUACAGUAAUAACGUCUAUGAAGUGAUACAGCUGCAUUCCA